CGCGGCUCAUUUUAUUUUUACUUGAAGAGGGAGAUAAGUGAGUAUUUAUUUUUUGAGUAUAAUAACGCACUUAUUUCCCUUGUCAAAGACGGAUAAAAUACUGGCAAGUUCUUAAGUUGGUUAGGAUUGAGUACAUUAAUUUGCUAUAAUAUUUUAAAUGGGCGUUUGUUUACAAUUUACUACUUUUAUGAGAAAUUUCUCCACAUUAAGCGCUUCUUUCUUUAUAUGGUAAGCAUCUAUUACGUUUUAAAACCACAAUCAUGUUUAAUGUCAUUAAACUCAUGUUUGCACUUUCUAGAGAAGCAAAAAAAUUUUUUUUUUCUUAUGCAUAAUGUAUUUUUAAUUGAUUAAAACUCUGGAUUAUGUAUGAUAAAUAUGAUGGACAUAAACAUAGCAGUUAUUUCUUUUAGUCCACAGAUGCUACAUUUAUUGACGAUGUGUUUGCCUUUAAAUAACAUGCUUAAAAAACAAAAAUCAAUUUGGACACACUGACAAACCAUUAAGCGUGUGAAACAUAUUGAACAUUGCAAAAUAAUGUUGAACAAUGAAUAAUUGUAAAGAAAAUAAAAGGGAAAGAUAAAAUAUCGUAACAAUUGUUGAUGCAGUAGGCGUGGUAUCUCAAUAGACAAUGUGUAGGAUGAACUGUUACUGAAGGGUUUACAAAGAAAUUUUAACGAAUGUGUAUAUCACAUAUUUAAUGGAUUUAUAAGAAGUGCCGAAGUUUGAUUCCAUAACUACAUAUUUUUUAAUUGUUGUAUUUUUAUCUUUUUUUAUCUGAUAUGGUUAAUCAUUUGCAGUUAAUCAAGUGUAAAAUGUGUACAAAUUAUAUAAAAUGAAGCUGAAAAUGAAACAAACAAAUGCGAAAAGAUGCAAUACUUGUAGAAGGAAAACUGGAAUGUAUAUCAACAACAAGGAUAAUAUAAAAUUAAAUUCAGGGAUAUUUUGAUAGGAGGCGGCAAUGCUUGCUUAGUCAACACAUUUUGAAGAAUUUGUUAAAGAUCCAAUGGUCAUUUUUAUUUAAUAUAUGAUAAAAGACUACGUAUGACCAUUUAAAUUUUCAUUUACUGUUUGAUGCCUUUUUUCCUGCGUUAGCUGUACAUGAAAAGAUAAUUUCUAUCUCAUGGGCUGGACAUAUCGGUAUAUUCUUUCAAAAAACCAAAGGUGGACAAUAUGCACUAUUGGCUCCAUUUGAUAAUUUCAAUGAAACAUGUAGUUGUUAUGUCUACUUUUUCGUGUUUUAUUCAUAAAGUACUGCUUCCAAGAGCUGUAAUGCACCGUAAUAGACUCACAGCUAUCGUGAUAAUUUGCUUUUGGAUAUUCAGCACAUACCUUCAUAUACUAGCAGAAUUAAAUGCAAUUGACGAAUAUAACACUAGUUUGUAUGAAGGUGGUGUGUCAUUUCGUAAUGUGGUGCAUGUUCCACACAGAGAAGAUAUUGAUGUUGUAUAUACAUGGGUCAACGGAUCAGAGAAAAAAUUCAAGCAAGACCUGGAUGAGUACAUUUCUCUCAUUAGGAAGGCAAGGUAUGACGUUACAGCAGAUGUACUGGCACUGAAUAGAUAUUUUGACUAUGGAACACUGAGAUAUUCAUUGAGGUCCAUAGAAAAAUACGCAAACUGGGUCAGAUAUAUUUACCUCGUAACGAAUGAUCAGAUACCAGACUGGCUUAAUAAAGACAACCCUCGGAUCAAAAUUGUUACUCAUAAGGAGAUAUUUCUAAACAAAAGUCAUCUUCCGACGUUCUCUUCACCGGCAAUAGAAUGCCACAUACACAACAUUAAAGGACUUUCAAACAAUUUUAUAUACAUGAAUGAUGAUAUUAUCUUAACAUCAAGACUAGAACUUUCUGACUUUCUCACUGAAGACGGCAAAUAUGAGCUCCGUUUCAUGCACGAGAAACUGGAACGCUGUAACAAAUUGUGUGCCUCUAACAACGUUAGCAAUGGUGUUUGUGAACCAGAGUGCAACACCGCCAGCUGUGAGUGGGACGGUGAUGAUUGUGCAGGGAAAAAAGUUCCGACAUAUACAGAAAAUGACAGAUUUUUUAUGUUCGACAGUUGGAUGGGCUCGAUGAUGCAUGCUCAUUUUCUCUUCAAUAAAGUUUUUGGACCAGCAAAUAGAUACAUACCGGAACAUGGACCUCACAUGUUUAAUAGAGACAUUCUUCGUUUGCUGCAAUAUAGUUUCCUAUACGAAUGGGACAAAACAUCUUCAAUCAAAAUCCGGCAUCAUCUAACGAUGCAAUAUCAGUUUGCUUACAAUAACUUCCUACUGACAUUGGAGGAAAACGGACUUGUUAAUGUAAAAACAAAUUUAACAUUUGUAAAGGAGUGUUGUAACAAGGAUAUCCUUGAAUUGGAUAAUAGAGAUGUGAACGCUAGAAGAAAACAGCUUGACGAAGCCAAGAAAAGACUUCAACUUCUAAAACCCAAGUUCCUGGUCAUCACGACACGGUUUUUACAAAUGAUGUAUGAAAAUGACAGGGAUGUUCUUGUAAAUGACAUUACAAAUUUCCUACAUGAACUUUUUCCGACACCGUCGCUGUAUGAAAUAUCUUGAUGCAGGCUCUUUGAUUAGUUAAUUAUAUUUAGAAAUAUUUAAGAAAAACGGAAACUUGUAUAACGGCAAAUAUCGUCUUAUUUCAGGAAAUAUUGUUACAUUAACUAAGCCGCUUUUUCUUUCUUUUCGUAAACCUAUUUUUGGUAUUAUUGUCACGUGACAGGGUAUUUCCCACUGUGACGUCAUAAUAUUAGAAACUAUCAAUAUGGCGGCUUGCAUACUUGCUCAAAAGGGUCCGUAUCAUAAUUAUUAAAAGAAAAGGAAAUUCCGAGAUUAAAACUGGUAUUACUUAAAUCGCAUUUGUUGAACAGUAAAGGUUCAGUUAAAAAAAUAUACAUGUACUUGCAGCAUAAUCUUAGAUGAAAUAAAGGUGUACAAUUGUGUUAAUUCCAAGGCAUUACAUAUGCUUAACAAUCUAAAUUGAGUUUGCAUUUAUGAUGCUAGCAAUAUUGAUUUAAGAUAUAACAUAAUUGAUACUCCAUUAAUUAUAAUAGAAGAUUUGUCAGGCUGUUACAUUAUAAUCAAUGAUGUUUAUUCAUCAUGGUAUCCAGUGUAUGACGUCAUAACUUCGUCAUUAUGCAUUUUUUUUUCAUUAUUUAUUUGUUCAUCUAUUUACUUGAUAUUUAUUCAUUUACAUCACGUAUCUUUUCAUGUCUUUACGUCCAACAGCAUUUCAUGGAUACAAGGAUAAAUGAUACGUACUUUACCUUUUUAUUCCAAAUGUGUGUUAGUGUGAUGGUGUGCUUGUUUGCUGGUGCAUGCGCAUAUGUAAAUAUAGAGGAUCUAAUUGAGCAUAUGAGUAAUUCAGUACUUUGAUUAAAUUAUGGUUCAUGCAAAAAUAUCUAUAAUGAACAAUAGAUCAUUUUGUUUCCUAUUGCUUUACAGUUGAUUUAAAAGUCUCUUUUCUGGUGAUGAAUUUCCUUUUUAACCAUUAUAAGUCCAUGAAAAUGGUAAUGUUGGCAGCCUUGCGGUCUAGCUGCGUAAAGUUAGUGAUUUAGAUAGGAGCUACGUUGGAAAAUGGCUUAUAAUCAUUUGCUGGUGACAUAAAAAGCACAUAUGAAAUGACAAAAGAAAUCUAACUGUUUAAAGGUGGCAGACUUUUAGCCUAAAUAAAGUGAUAAUGGUCAGUUUCGAUAGUUACUAUAUUACUCAUAAAGGUCUCCCCUUGUGGCUGAGAGGUUGGCUUUAAGGACUGAGCCAUCAUAAUUUUAGCCACCGUUUAUCCUUGCGUGAUCACAAAUUAUCGGAAUCUAUGACUCUCUUAGCUCCAGCAGGUGGGGUGGUUUUGACCCCUGCUGUUUCUUUAACUUUGUAACAGCUUAGGUUAGUCAAAAUCAUCUCUCCUGAUGCGGCUCCAUAUCACAUAAAUUGUGCACCAUAAAGCAAAACACCGAUUAAGGUCAAUAACUAUGACUGCUACACUGCCAACAUCAAGUUUCUUGGGUGCCAGGCUGUUUUGGAGCAUAAGUUAGCUCAUCUGAGCUUUAGCAGCACAGAGGUGAUUUUUUAUAUCACAUAUGCUUAUAAUGUUCUUUCAAGUGAUAAUGCAUUUUCGAACAGUUCUGUUAAACAGUAUGUCAUUAAAUUUAAGCUGCUAGACUAAGUGCGUUAUGCUGCCAACUUAACUGGCAUUUUCAACAGUAUCAUUAUUAUUCGGUCUAUUAUAAUUAUAAUCAUAAUAGUUAUCAUUAUUACAUGUACCAUAUUCAAAAUUACAGUUAUAAUCAUUCACAUGGAAAUGCUUUGAUAGAAUGUGAUUUAUAAAUGUAUUAGAAAAUCUUUAUGUAUGAUAGCUCUAUGAGUGUUUGGAUUGUUUUACAUUAUAUUAAUGUUUCCUUGUUGCCUUUGUAAA